CGGGACGUGGCGGGGUCCGGCGGUGGAUGGUGGUCGCGCCCUUCUUGCUCGUCCUGUUGCAGCUGGUGGGCGCCGCCUCAGCCGCUGCCCUGCCCGUAGUCAUCAACACCUGGGCGUUUAGGAAGGCGGCAGAGACAGGGUCUGGCAGGUGAUGGAGCACCAGAACCGGCACAAGGAGAGGGAAGCAGGAUUGCAACUGUCGAUAGCUGCAAGCUCAGCUUGGAGAGUGUUACAGUUGGGAGGUUCUGAGUUGGAUGCAGUUGAGAGAGGCUGCACUCAGUGUGAGAUUGACCAAUGCGAUGGGAGUGUGGGAUAUGGAGGAAGCCCAGAUGAAAUUGGAGAAACAACAUUGGACGCAAUGAUUAUGGAUGGCAACACUAUGGAAGUUGGGGCAGUUGCGGAUCUCAGACAUGUAAAAAAUGCAAUUGGUGUAGCACGAAAGGUCAUUGAAUACACUAAGCAUACAUUAUUAGUGGGAGAGUCUGCCUCCCUGUUUGCUGUAAGAAUGGGGUUUCCAUAUGAAGAUUUAACGACCCAGAAAUCUCUUUUGAUGUAUUCACAGUGGCUUAAUCAAAGCUGCCAGCCAAACUACUGGAAGAAUGUGGUACCAGACUCUUCAAAAUCCUGUGGACCAUACAAACGGCCUGAAAAAGUAACUUGUAAAGAAGAACAGACCACCUCACGAAGUGUUCAUAAUCAUGAUACUAUUGGUAUGGUUGUAAUUGGUGGGAGCGGAACUGUUGCUUCUGGAACAUCUACUAAUGGUGCAGUCCACAAAAUUCCAGGCCGUGUAGGAGAUUCGCCAAUAGCUGGAGCAGGAUCCUACGCGGAUAGUACGGCCGGAGGAGCUGCAGCCACUGGGGAUGGUGACAUCAUGAUGCGCUUCUUACCCAGUUAUCAAGCUGUGGAGUAUAUGAGGAUGGGAACAGACCCAACAGUAGCCUGUCAGAAAGUUAUUUCCAGAAUCCAGAAGCAUGCUCCGAAGUUCUUUGGCGCUGUUAUAUGUGCCAAUACAACUGGAAGUUAUGGUGCUGCAUGUAAUAAAAUCCCAGGAUUCACUCAGUUUCACUUCAUGGUUUCUAGCCCUUUGCUAAGUCAACCAACUGAGCACGUAGUAGAUUGCAUUUAAUUUCUUUUUGGGCUAUUAACAUCUGAACUUGGAGGAGCAAAGUGCAGCGUUCCCCGGGUGUUACUUUUUAGAAUGGUUGUUGCAAGUGUCUACUAUGUCUUAUGGUCUGUUUUCUUAAGAACUAAGUUGCCAAAAGUGAUGAAUAGUAACCAUUGAACUGGAGCUUCACUUUGUCAUUUAAAAACAUUAUUGACAGAAAUCUGUAAUAAAGGGCAGGGAGGGGGGAGGGACUACACUGCCUCUACAUGCGAGAUUUUUUUUUUGAGAAUAUUUGUCUUCCUGAGAUUUAGCCCAGGUUUUUUUUUUUUUGUCCUGAAAAGAAAACCAUGCAAAUACUGGCAACCAAGGAAAGGGGAUUGAAGAGUAGUGGGGACUAUUUCAAAACUUGAAUUAAGAGAUAAGGAGCAUCUCCUUCUGGACCUUUCUAACUUGUUUCACAACAGCUGAUAAUACAUUAGAAUAGAGAGGACAUCAAAGCAUCCCUGGUAGUACAAGCCUUCAAGGAGUAUUGCAUUACUGGCUGUAUGUGAAGACAAAUGGAAAUCUUCCUGUCACCUGUUUUUUGUAGUGAGGUUAUGAAUCGUAAUCACAGUGAUGUCCUUGUCACUAGUAGGCUAUGUGCUUGCCCUCUGCUGCAGCACGUUUGCCCUGCCGAGGAGCAGCUGAAUACUAGAGCAUGACAGGUACCUGCAGCUAAUGAAGCUGGUUCUGUCUCUUCCUUUUUCCAUGUCUAGAGAUGCCAGGAUUCGUUUGCAAUAUAACUUGAGCAUCUCAAGGAUUGUUCCGUAGAUAUUUGAAGAUCUGUUUGAUAAUUUUCUUAAUCGGUGGUGCUGAUCAUUUGAUUGAAUCUUUGCUAAACUUCAGCUAGGAAAAGUUAAUAGGGGGGAGCAAGUAAAAUGAGCAUGCCUUGUCAUAAGCACUUUUAAUUUUUCUUUGUCUACUUGAAUAAAAUCAUUGAGUAAUAAAAGCACACCUUAAUGUAUCAUAA